UCCUCAGGGUAAGGGUCUGAUGCAAAUGAGCACAAAGGAAGCUGUCAGCUGCAUCCUGCUUCGGCCAAUAGAAGCAGAGCUCCAUCUUAGCUCUACCAGAGGCUGUAUUAAACAGCAGAUCAGCGCUGUUCCAGCACCCUUUCUGAAAAGAGAGCUGCAUCAAGGACAGAACCCAGAGGAGCCUGCAACUAUGGCAACCUUCAAUGCUACUCACUUGAACGAAACUGCACCCAUCUACCAGUACCUCGGUUUUCAAGUGCAGAAGAUCUACCCUUUCCACGACAAUUGGAACACUGCCUGUUUUGUUAUUCUGAUCAUAUUUAUAUUUACUGUGGUAUGCUUGGUGGUGCUAGCUUUCUUAUACGAGCUGCUUGACUGCUGCUGCUGUGCAAAAAAUAAAACCGUGAAAGACUUAGAGAAGGAACCCAAUCCUGUUAGAUCUUUGAUGGAAAGCUUCAGGAAACGUGAAACAGAAGUGGUGUAG